AUGGCUUCUACAUCGAUAGUCCAAGUUUCUCGGGAUAACCUAGGAGUAUUCCACAUCUCCGAUGUCCCUGAUGAAACAAUUAAGACUGCCAACGAGCUGCUACAGGCAAACCAUGAAGAACAUCACGUAUUCUUCAAUGAUCGAGGUUUUCACAAUCACGUUGCUCAUUACAUACUGACGCAAGCUGCCUUAGGAGCUACUCCAACGCAAAUGCAUCGAGCCUACAUUCAAGAAAAGACGCUUCAGCGACCGCAGCAUCCUCUGGAUGAAGAAGUAGUCAGCAAACUCAAGGAUGAAAAUUAUUUCCUCACUUGUCUUUCUCGUGCUGAGAAUUAUCAUAACUACUUGCGAUUCUUUGAGCGUCAAAUUGCUGAGCGUGGGGUCAGUUCUGUUGUUCAUGAAUAUCUCUUCUCACGCUCGCGGAUCGCAGAAGCCCUUCUUUCACGGAUGUUUGCAAGCUUUCUACAUCCUGUGAUUCACUUUGGAUUCGGGGUUGAGUUCAAUCAGCCUGCCAUCAUUGCUGAAGGGCUUGCCCAGAGUGCUGUCCACCAUCCUGAAGUGGCCCGCUUUUACAGGGGCAUACAAGCUGCCGAGAGGUCAUUUACAGACAAGCCGAGUCGACCUAUGAUCGAUCUCAUCAGGGACAUAGAACAUAACGAGGCGAUCCGCUCGGCUCCCUGUUGGGGAGAUGGAAACUGGAUUGACGACAAUCCACUCGGCAAAGCUCCAGAGGAGUUGUGGAAGAUUGCGGCGCAGUGGAAAGUCUCUCCAAAAGAGCUGGAGCUCAAACCAGCCGAAAUGAUCAACGUUUGCACAUUCUAUACCGCCACCGCUCAGCGACCAGAAAAGCAGCAGAAACUCGACUUUUUCCUGAUCCACGACGUCAAUUGCUCCAUCUUCUUUUCUGCGCUUCUUGAAAAAGACUGGAUGUCUGAUGAAGACAAGGCUCGAUUGUUGGAGUGGAAGGGUCGCUUCUAUAUUGUCGCCUACGCCGCAAGAGGCAGCCCUCGGAUGCUGAUUGACGAAGUUGUCAACUAUCAACCCAAGAAGCCAGAGAUGGGUUGGGAACAACUCUUUAAGCGUGCCAACGCUUUUCUAGAUGACUCCCACGUAACUAAGCUUCUUCGGGCCCUGGCAAAUGGCGAGAGAGUGUCCCGGGAUUACGAGGGGAGAGCAGACUUUCCAAUGAAGCAAAGCAUGUUUCUCCAGACAGCACAUAUUGCUCUAGAUUCCACUGAGGAAGCAUUGUAUCCGGAUAGAUGGGUCAAGGGCGCUGGGUUUGAGCAGCAAUGGGCAAAGUUCAAGGACAGAGAAUGCAGUGCUACUUUUUAG